AUGGCGGGUCAUUUGUCGCUCGAGGUGGCGAAGACGGUAAUGGAGGUGGGUGACGUGGCGUGGGCCGCCGUUGAGUGCUGCCACCACGAUUCGACACCGUUGCCUCUGUCAACCGAAGAAAGACGGGAUUUUGAUGCUGAAGCCCUCCCAUCCGACAACGAACGGCUCCGUCUAUUGCUCGAGAAAAACCUCAAUCUCCUCCACCAGAUUUCUUGUUCACCGGCUUUGUUGCAUAAUUGCCCAUCUGAUCUUCAUGAUUGCAUUAUGUCCGCUAUUAGUUCUGAAAAUUUCCUUGAUGAGCUUAAACGUCACUGA